AUGCUCAUCAAGCUGAGCCCACCGGCGUCUGCGACACCGACCCCCACAAUUCUCUUCGCCCUCUCCUUUCCAGAGCUGCCACUAAGCCUCCCCAUACCCCCCGCUUGGGCGGCGCAACUGGCCCGACUUGCUGCUGAUGACCUCGAAGCACCACCCUCCAUGCACGCUUUGGACAGGGCCGCUGCAUUUCCCAGUCUCCUUGGAGAAGUCCUCUUCGACCUCCCCAACAACCAGGUCGUCUGUUCCUUCCUUGACGGCAAGGUUGAAGAGUGGGCAUUGACUCAAGAGUGUGCGGACAUGCUCGCAAAGGUGAUAGUCGAUGUUGAAGAGAGUGGGAGGGCAGAGCAAAGGGCGCGCGACUGGCAGCGCGCUGUUGAAGAGGAUAAGGUCCGCCAACAAGAGAAGGAACAACAGAAAGAGGCUGCACGUCGAGCUAGUCUCGAACGGGAAGCUGAGCUUGAACGCCAGUUUGCAGCAAAGCGCAAAGACAAUAAUUAUAAGGAGCAGGUCCUCAACUCUCCACCACCGUCGCUCAAGGGUACAAAGUCUACCAAGAAUCGUCUGGUUCGUUCACGGUCGCUGUUGAUGGCGCUCGUCGCAACUUUCACCCCGUCUGGCUCAUCCAAUACUUCACCACCAAGUUCUCCUACCCGCGACUCUACUGAUCGCUCUCCGUCUCCGUUCCGCAAGCUCACCCGACGCGGUUCUUUCGCUUCAAAGGAAACAGUUCCACAAGAAGAACGUCCUCUAACUCCGCCCCCUACCCACAAUCUUGAGACUCCUCCAAGUUCUGCUCCACCUUCAGCACCAUCAUCUGCGUUUUCGAAGCAACAAAAUGAAACACCUCGGCUUUCUGCUCUCAUAACCGAGCGUAGGGAAGAACUUAGUCCACGGCUUUUGCGUCGGAGAGCCCGUUCAACACUUGUGGAUUCUUUCCGUGCGCAUGUGCUGCCUGUUUUGGCCACCAAAGUUGGACUGUUCGAAAACAUCAAUCCUUCUUUCCAGCCGGUGUUGCUAUCCGAUGAGACGCCAACACUGUUCAAACGGGCUGGAGGUGGAUACCAUGCCUGGGUCGCACGCAGUAUGCUUCGUCGAGCUGAAGAUCGCAUGCGGGAACUGGAAGCCCAAUUUCCUUCGCUUUUGUCCACACGGUAUCUGAACGAGCUCGAGUUGUCACCCCAGCCGUUUUCCCCCAACUCGAUAUCAUUCCCAACAUCACCGACGCGCCAGGCAACGUUCGAGCCCUGGUCAUCUGACGAGAGCGAAAGCGAUUCUGAAGAUGAGAGUGAAUGUGAGCUUGUGGUCGACAGCGAGUCUGACUCUGAUGGAUCGUCUGUCCAUACUCCCGAAUCUGGCCAUACCACCAUAGGGGUCAGCUUUACGGGCCAUGCGAUUGAAUCCUCGACAAGCUCAAACAGUUCUUACUUCACGUGCGCUGACGACCCUGAAGCGGAAUCGCAGGAUGCCGUAUCGCCACUAACCGGCUCGCAUAUCAGACGGCCAGCCCAGGCACAGUCUCCCACUCACUCUCGGACACCGUCCAAUGCAGCCCACACUAGACAGGCUUCAUCAUCGUCGGCAAAACGGGAACAGCGGCGGGCCCAGAAGGCAGCACAUGCUGAGCACGCUGCUUUCGUUCGAAUGACGGCUCGCCUGAGAAGUGUUUUGGCGCAAUCAGCUGCCUCAAGACAGCUUGUUGCGAUGCAGAAAGACGAAACUGACCGGGUGCGCGAGGGAAGGGGUCUGAGAAGGGCCUGGCUGGACCGGAGACGAGGCUUCAAGACAUCAGAGAUGGUGCAAGUAUUCCGCCCUUCCGGUUUGGGGCGCUCGACUUGGGGGCUUGACGAUAUUAUGAAAGAGCUGCCACCACCGCCAUAUGACGAUGUCGUGCUGAAAACAACAUUGCACGUGGCGACAUCACCGACAUCACCGACAACCAUCACCGGCCGGCGCCCACGGCCCAGUCCUCCUAUCCAACGAGCAAAGACUCUUGCUGCGUUGGAGAUUGAUGUCGAGCUGGAGCACGUGGAGAUGGAUGCUGCUGAGCUUGAUAUCGAAGUUGACCUGGAACGGCUGGACUUCACCGACUCUCUGGAUGUGGAAAGCAUGGGCCUUGAUAUCGAGGUGGACGAUGUUCUCAAGUCACGCUGCAGGCCUGCUGGCGUCAAGGCACGUGUGGAAAGCUGGGAACGACGGCGCACGGUCGCUCUUGAACGGGCGUAA